AUGACGAUGUUCAGUAACCGUGAAUCGAUCGAUCUUUUUGAAUAUCUAUGCAUCCAAAUAAAGAGAAUCGGCAUCCGAUCUGUCCAUGGAGUACCUGGCGAUUUCAACCUGGUAGCCCUAGACUACGUUGAAAAAUGCGGUCUUAGUUGGGUUGGAAACUGCAACGAACUCAACGCCGGCUAUGCGGCUGAUGGAUAUGCCCGCGUCAAUGGAAUGUCGGCAUUGAUGACGGUGAUGGGAGUUGGCGAGCUGUCCGCACUGAACGCCAUCGCCGGCGCAUUUGCCGAGUAUGUGCCUGUGGUUCAUAUUAUUGGCAAGCCAAGCCGACAGGCACAGAAGAACAGACUCUGUGUGCACCAUAGCCUUGGGAAUGGCGAUGUUAAUGUCUUUGACGAGAUGAGCCGCAGAGUCUCCUGUCUUACAGUCAACAUCGAAAAUGCGGAGACUGCGCCAUCAUUAAUCGAUGAAGCCAUUCGAACAUGCUGGAUUCAGAGUCGACCAGUGUCAAUUUACAUUCCGUGCGACAUGUUUCGCAUUCCAAUCCCAUGUCAAAAAUUGCACACUCAGCAUGUCUUCGGCCGACAUAUGCCCCCAGACGACGUGCGUGCACAUGAGCAACUUAUAGAUACGGCGAUGAGGGAGAUACAACAAGCUAAAAAUCCCGUUAUCUUGGUCGGGGGAUACGGAAUACAACACGGGGCAAAGGCAGAGCUUGAUGAGUUUCUGGCACAAGUCGACUUUCCUGUUUUUGCUGCCGGGUCAGGACUGGGUAUUGUUGAUUCAAGGCUCCCGCGCUUUGCUGGACUUUAUGUUGGCUCCUGCUCAGAUGAAAGGGUUUUAUCAAUGAUGAAACCCGCCGAUCUUGUGAUUUGCAUUGGUAACAUCCAGUCUGAUCUCGCUACCUCUGGCUUCAGCGGGGUUAUCGAUCAUACAAGAUUGAUUGAGAUUCAGAGGACCGAGACCACAGUCAAGGGACGAGUCUUUGACUGUGUGCAUGUUAACAACGUAUUGAGGGCUUUCACGGCGAAGCUACGUACAUCAUCCACGGGAUCCGUCUGUGUUGAUGCAAGUCAACAUAAUAGCGCUCCUAGCUUCGUUGGAAACAACACCCAAGGGCCCAUUUCGUCUGUGGAGAAAACAUCCCUCUUCAGAUCAGGACUUCAAAUGCUCACGACCUUCCAAAAAUCACUUAAUCCCUUCCCAUACCUGUGGCCUAAGGCGACGGGGGAAAUGGAACAUCUGUCUGAGAAGCCAACCUCAAUCACACACGACUGGUUUUGGACUAGCUUGGGGAAAUGGCUCAAGGCGGGAGACAUAAUCCUGACCGAAACAGGAACAGCAAGCUUCGGAAUCUGGAAUACGACACUCCCACCCGACAGCACCUUCAUAGCCCAGUACCUAUGGUCAAGCAUCGGGUACACCGUAGGGGCCUGUGAAGGGGCAGCCCAGGCAGUUCGCGAUUCAGCCAACCCCACACGGCGCACUGUUCUCUUCAUUGGAGAUGGCAGCCUUCAGUGUGGAUGCCAAGAGCUGAGCACAAUAAUCCGGCAAGGCCUCACGCCAAUCAUGCUGCUAACGCUUGGUGUCAGUUUUGUCAUAUGCAACAAUGGCUACACCGUCGAGCGAUUGAUCCACGGUGAGAAGCAGAUCUACAAUGAUAUUCAGCCGUGGGAUCAUCGACUGCUCCCUGCAGUUUUUGGCGCAGCCCCGGGCACGUAUCAGACCCACCGUGUCGAAAGCACGGCCGACCUUGAGGCAUUGUGGCGUUGUGCAAGUUUUACCAACUGCUCGUUUCUGCAGGUAAGAUCAUCUCAAAAAAAUAGCGUCUCAUACGAAGGAUCGAGAUCUGACAAUUUUCAGCUUAUCGAAUUGUGUGUUGCACAAGAAGAUGCGCCAUCUAACUUAAUUUCAUUAGCGCGAUCACUGCAUGAGCGAAACGCCUAA